AUGACAAGGGGGGUAGUUGCAUGUAAGAAACGAUGGUAUAAGAUCAACAAGGCUAUUGCACAAUUUGCUGGUUGCUACGAUCAAGCUAGUCGAAACAUAAGGAGUGGUUCAAACGCUGAUGAAAUAAAGGAGUUGGCUUAUAAACUUUAUUCCACAAAUUAUGGUCAAAAAUUUACUUUUGAGAGGCAUUGGAACAUGCUUCGGUUGGAGCAAAAAUGGAGAAGCCAACUACCUACACAGAGUGGCGGCUCAAAGAGAACCAAGGUUAGUGUAACUGGAGCAUACUCAUCCUCAUCAAACCCAGAAACACUGUUGGCUGACGAACCCGUUGUGGACUCUCCCGUUCGCCCACAAGGAUUGAAGAAGAGCAAGCGAAAAGGUAAGGGAAAAGCACAGAUGUCUGAAGAUUUUAGUGAAAGAAAAUCAUCGGUUGUCAAAAAAUUAUCUCUCAUGGAAGAUAUUAAGAAUGUUAGAGAAAAGGAACUAAUGGAUAGGGAAAAAGAAAGAGAAGAGGAGAAGGAACAUAGAGCAAAGAUUAUGGCAAUCAAAGAGAAGGAGUUACAAAUUCAAGCGGCAAUGGAAGAACAAGAAUUACAAGCUCAAUUUGUUUUAUUUACUUCUGAUGUAAGUUUUUAA